AUGGCGAGGAGCAGUGCCAGGACCGGGAGCGGGAGCGCGGCGGGUCGAUUCCUGCUCCAGUGCCGGCAGCUGGCGGCCGGUAGCUCUCCCAUGGCGAGUGGCAGGAGCAGGGCGGGUCGAUUUCUGCUGCGGCGCAGGCUGCUGUCGGCCCGCCCUGAAGACCGGAUAAGCGCCCUGCCCGACGACCUCCUCCUCCUUGUCCUGCGCCGUCUCGACACCCGCACGGCGCUCGGCACCGGUUUGCUAUCAAGGCGCUGGGCGCACCUCCCACGCGAGCUGCCGGCCCUUGAUUUAAGGAUCGGCGACCUACUCCCGCCGCGGUACCACCGAUGGGUCCUCCUCUACCGCGACAUCUGGAAGAAGAGAAGUCUUCUGCACUAUAGAAUAGGCGCCAUAAGGGAGGAGCUCUUGCCGAACAUCAGGAGGUACGAGCGCCGCGCCAUGCGUGCCUUCAUCAGCUCCGCCGACCGUUUCUUGGAAGGCCCCCACCGGAGAGUCAACAAGCUGAGACUUGAGUUCUUUAUCACCGGCAACACAGGCUGCAUGAACCGGCUAAUCACGGAGGCCAUCGAUGCCUGGGGUGUCGACGACCUGGAGGCUGUCGCUAAGCCAGUAUUUAAGCAACGGAAAGACGUCCACACCUUUCCCAGCCACGGCCUGUGCAGGGAGCCCCGGGCAGCACGCCUGCGAAGCCUCAAGCUUGGAGGCUGCGUCCCCCCGCCGCUGCACGAGUACGGCGCGCUCACCAUGCUAGUCCUGCAAGACAUACCUGAAUCGACGCCCGCCUCAGCCUAUGAGGGUAUCUUCAACUCGUGCUUGCAGCUGCAGACGUUCCACCUCAUCUCCUGCGGCUGCAGCAGAGCCAAGGGCAGAUCCUCGACGGUGGUGGUGGACGCCCCCAAUUCAGAGAUCAGAGAGCUCGUGGUGCAGGAUUGCACAUUCGAAUGGCUACGCCUGAUGGCUCUUCCCUGUCUCCAGAGUCUAGCGUCCCUCAGAAGUAGUGUGCUGUUCGACUCUUCCUCGUUCCCUUGCCUCAAGCAAUGGCUCUCUAAAUAG